AUGUCCAAUUCCAACUCUUCACCGUCAACACUGGCGGGCUACCUGGAGCAGACUGCUUCGGUGCUGAGUUCUGUCGCCUCAUAUAUGAAGCUCCCGGCGCUUGCUUCUACAGGCAUCGCUGCGAUCCUGACAUCACUUUUAUACUUUAAGCAAAAGGCCUUAAUCUACCCGUCACAUAUGCCUGCCAAUUCUCGAACCGAUGUACCUCGCCCUUCACAGUUUGGUAUCCACGACUUCGAAGAACUAGUCAUUCCUACAGAUGAUGGCGAAAAGCUCUCUGCAUUUUAUAUCCGCGCUCCGCGCAGUCACAAAAAUGCUCAAAGCACAAUGAUCAUGUUGCACGGCAAUGCCGGCAAUAUUGGCCAUCGACUACCUAUUGCACGCAUGAUCAUUAAUAGCACUGGUUGCAACGUAUUCAUGCUAGAAUACAGAGGCUAUGGCACAUCGACUGGCGAGGCAGACGAAGCUGGCCUGAAUAUUGACGCACAGACUGGUCUCAACUACCUCCGCGACCGAGCAGAGACUCGAGACCACCUUUUUUUCAUUUUUGGACAAAGCCUUGGAGGAGCCGUUGGCAUCAAGCUCGCUGCCAAGAAUCAGAGUCGCGGCGAUGUUGCCGGCCUCAUUCUUGAAAAUACAUUCUUGUCCAUGCGCAAACUUAUUCCAUCCGUCAUUCCGCCUGCCAAGUACUUGGCUCUUCUCUGCCAUCAAGUCUGGGCCAGCGAAUCUGUGCUUCCCUCCAUAGACAAGGUGCCCACCUUGUUCAUCAGUGGCUUGCAAGACGAAAUCGUCCCGCCGAGCCAUAUGAAACGACUGUAUGAACUUUCUACCGCCCCGAGCAAGAUCUGGAAGCCACUACCUGGCGGUGACCACAACUCAAGUGUCCUAGAAGAGGGGUAUUUUGAGGCGAUCAAAGAGUUUGUAAAUGAGGUCAGAAGCGAGCAUAAAUUCGAGAAGCAACGGCUGUGA